AUGAUAUCCCAGGCAUCUAAAACUACAGUCAUAAGAAGAAGGGCUCUAUGCUCUAUUCGUCAAUUCUCAAACACGCUAAAAUCAUCACAAGAAAGCACAUCAUCAUCACCAUCAUCUGAAAAAGACCAACAAGCCAAGAAAUACUAUGGAGUUCUACAGUGUAUACCACGUAAUAGUCUUCGUGUCUUUCGAAAGGAGCUGGCUCACAUCAGAGUAGAUCAAGCUGGUGAAUUAGGUGCCAAUUACAUUUAUAUGGGUCAAUACAUUGUUCUUGCUAAUAAAUACCCUCAUUUAAAACCCGUUUUACAACAUAUGUGGGAUCAAGAAAUACAUCAUCAUAACACAUUCAAUGACCUUCAAACCCGGAAACGUGUUAGACCAUCUAUAUUAACUCCAUUGUGGAAAGUAGGUGCCGUAGGGAUGGGAAUGGGUACGGCAUUGAUUAGUAAAGAAGCAGCAAUGGCAUGUACAGUAGCUGUGGAAACUGUUAUUGGAGGUCAUUAUAAUCAACAAUUAAGAGUAUUGAUGAAUCAAUAUAAUGAUGUGGCCAUAUAUGAUAAACAAACAGGUGAAGAGAUUGUUGAUAAAUCAAAGAUUGUAAGUGACGCAAGUACUUCUCCUGAGUUAAGUAGUUUGAAGAAACAAAUUAGUCAAUUUAGAGAUGAUGAAUUAGAGCAUUUGGAUACUGCCAUUGAGCAUGAUGCUAAGAAAGCAGUUCCUUAUAUUUUAUUGACUGAAGGGAUUAAAUUGAUUUGUAGAGGUGCUAUUUGGACUGCUGAAAGAGUUUAG